UCGGCCUCAGCAGCAUGGGGAGCGGUAGGUUCGAGGCGGUUGUUUUCCCUCCUCGCAGGUGCAAAGCGGCAGCUUCCUGAGUCACUCCCGCCCUCGCGUGUGUUUAGGGGCAGAUUCGUCUCUCCCGGGGAUGGAGGCGAAUCUGCCGAAGCGGAAAGAAACGCGCAAGUCGCUGAGGAUCAAAGUCAUCUCUAUGGGCAACGCCGAGGUGGGCAAGAGCUGUAUCAUAAAGCGGUACUGUGAAAAGAGGUUUGUUCCCAAAUACCUAGCGACGAUAGGAAUCGACUAUGGCGUCACCAAAGUGCAAAUUAGAGAUCGCGAGAUUAAAGUCAACAUCUUUGACAUGGCUGGGCACCCCUUCUUCUAUGAGGUUCGCAACGAGUUUUACAAGGACACUCAGGGGGUUGUCCUCGUGUAUGAUGUUGGCCAAAAGGAGUCAUUUGAUGCACUGGAUGCAUGGAUGGCUGAGAUGAAGCAGGAGCUUGGACCUCAUGGAAACAUGGAAAACAUUGUCUUCGUUGUCUGUGCCAACAAGAUUGACUGCACCAAGCACCGCUGCGUGGAUGAGAGCGAAGGGCGACUGUGGGCAGAAAGCCGGGGGUUUCUUUACUUUGAGACUUCAGCACAGACAGGAGAAGGAAUCAAUGAGAUGUUCCAGACCUUCUAUUCCGCAAUUGUUGAGCUGUGCGACAAUGGUGGGAAACGCCCCACGUCGAGCAUGAGCGUUGGGUUCACCAAAGAGCAGGCGGACACCAUUCGGAGGAUCCGCAACAGCAAGGACAGCUGGGACAUGUUGGGAGUCAAGCCUGGAGCCACAAGGGACGAGGUGAACAAAGCCUAUCGGAAGCUGGCAGUGCUGCUCCAUCCGGACAAGUGCGUGGCUCCCGGCAGCGAGGACGCUUUCAAAGCUGUCGUGAAUGCGCGGACGGCGCUUCUCAAAAACAUCAAAUAGAGGACGGAGCCGGAAAACCCACCCUGGUGGACCCCAUGCCCACAGUUCCUGGAGAGCCAGUUGACCAGGGCAACCCUCUCCUCCCCAGCACCCGUUACUGUCUUAGUAAUGGAGACUUUAGUAAUGGAGACGAGGGGCCUCCUCCUGCUUCCACUAACUGCCGUAGGAACAGGAGUUGGCCCUCAGUAGCUGCGUUUCACCAUGUGCCAGUUUCUUUCUAUGUCGAGAGCUGAGCAGAGGAGCUGUGUCCCAUGCACCCAGCCUGGAGCAAGUUCCUGACUGAGUCUGAGGCCCAGCUUCAUGGUUGGCGUAAGCAAGUGCAGCGCCCCUGAAGACAGUGGUGUUGCACAAGUUCUCAUCAACAAUGGAUUUGGCCCCCGGUCUUGUUUCAGGUGAAUUCUUGAAUGAAGUCUCCCCCACUAGGCAUUACUGGCCCUUGAGGCUUCUCCUUAGAUGAGUGGGAGGGGCUGGCUUCGAGCGCAUCGUUGUGGUUGUUUAUCCCAAUGCUAAAAACAGCAAGAGCAAUCUGGCCUACUCCAGCACAACCAAGUCCCGUGUGCUGUGGCCUGAAUGAUCAUCUUACAGCAUCGGCUCUGUGUUUGCUCUAGAUUCAGAGGCAGGAUGCCGGCAGAGGCAGCUACAAAUGCCUCUGAGAUCCAAGGAAACUCAGGUUAUGGUCCCUGAUUCCUUGAAACUAGUAGAGAAUGUCAGUGACCUCUGUGUUAGCUACGUGGGAUCAGGGGCUGACUUCUUGGUCACAACAGGACAUAAGCCUGCCCAUUUCUUAGCCUCUUAAGUAAGGGCCCGAUAUGGAACUUGGAUGGGCAGUGAAUUGUCCCUGGUGGGAGAACACCCUUCUCCGGCCAGACUGGGAAGCACUAUCGCUGGGGAGGGCAGAGGAAUGCAGCUUCUCAAAUGUGGCUUGAGUGCAGAGGCCUUUGCUCUUUGUGCCUAUGCCAAAAGCCCAGCGAAUUCACUAAAGAGAGCACAGCGGGGAUGAAAUCCGGGACGUGAGUGUUUAAAACCAAAUGCCACGCGCCUGUGGGCCAACUGUCCGCAGGGAGAGGCUGAGCGCAAUGCACCAGGGAAUCCUCUGCCCUAAGAUUGGACUUAAAACAAUAUUCACCCCUGGCGCACCUGAGCUUGCUCCAGAUUCCUGUUUCAGCAGCGUGGGCCUGAAAUGCUGAGCACCCUGAGCUCCGGUUGACUUCACAGGGAGCAGAGCGCUCAGCUUCCCUCAGGAUCAGGCCCUCUCCUGUUUGGCAUGUCUAGGACAUGGCCCCUGAGACUAAGUUAUUUCAUAGGGACAAGCCAAUUCUAUGUUUCCUCGUGUGCUAAGCAGUACCACCUAUCCUGAGCCCGCAGAAGUCAAAGGCAGUCUGACUUUCACAGCAAAAAGCUUAGUUAUUUCUCGGUCUCCGAGCCAGACUGCAAAAACUUCACUCCUGGAAAUACUAAACCCAACAGGAGAGAUGUGCCUGAGGAAAGAUUAAGGAUUAGAUGGUGCUUAAACCUGCCUGGGGAGGAAAGGGUGCAAGGAAUUGUCUGUCGUCCUCAUCCCUCUGCUCCAGCAUUGCUGCUCAAAUAACAGGAACAAUCUCUGUCCUUCUCCCCUCUCCGAUUGCAAGUUGCUGGGGGCUCGGGCACCAACCCUGCAUGGGUAGGGCUGCAGAUCCAGCAUGUGCUACGGGCAGGCUGCUUUAUUGGGAAGGGCACACUGCGCCCUUAAAGGGUGUUGCUGCUGCCGCCCGCGUACAGCCACUCCCACCUCUCCCCGAAGGCAGGUUCAAGGCCACAGGCCAGCCCAGAACAAACACUGCAGGAUUUGCCCCAUUCACUAUGAUCCUAGAGCCUGGGAGGCUUCCAGCUCUGGGAAGCUCUGUUGUCACUAAGCGGAGGCCAGAUAUUCUUCCUGUAGUCACACCUGGAUAAUGAUGGCAUGAAUGUCCCUACGAAUAUGACAAGGCCCAUCUACCCAGUGUUGUCAUCCUUGCCAUAUCCUCCCAGUUACAGCCUGAAAUCUCCCACCACGGGCUUUCUCUGGCUCGCUGAAAUAACCUUAGCAGAGUGGGAUGCACAGGCUCUGCAGCUGCUUAAACCUCACAUGUGUGUCUCUGGCCCUCCACAAACUUGGCAUGAUACUGAUUAAGGUACCAGUGGGUACAAGCCUGUCCUCAUGGGGUUGUUCAAGUGGACAGUGUGCCCCCACAGCCCUUGCACGUAGGAUGAGGAAAUUAACACACUGAGGAAUUCUUUCAGGAAAAUACAGGCCCAGGUUUUGUUGUGCACCUCUGAAAACAGAGCCCCUUCUUUUGGCACCCAAGCCUUGCACACUUUGUUCAUUCCCUUUAAAAUUCCUCCACUGCAAAACUGCAUGCAAGUAAUGCAGCUUCCUAGGGGUACCAGAGCAAAUGGGGUUAAGACAUUUGUGAGACCGGAGGUGCGUGCUUGUGUCUGUGACAGUGCUGGAAAUAGCAAUCAUCUCUUCUGCUAGAGGAGCAAAACUAUUGCACUCAUUUUAUGGUGGUGUGAAGGGAAUGCUUUAGCUCUUACGAAAUGUCCAGGGUGAGACUUCCAAGCCAAAAAUGAGAGCACCACCCGUUGUAUAUUGAUCCACCUGUGCACUUUAAACUUUGACACUGGAUCAUAUGUUAUGUGGAGAGUAGGCUUCGUUUGUGGGUGUAUUUUUUCUCACUUCAAAUAAGUCUCUCCCCCUGCUUAACCUGUUAGAUUAGAAGUUCAGUCUUCUGACCAUUGUGAAUGUCGUGCAAGAUAAAAUUGCCAUAAACCCGGGUGCAGCUUCUUUGUAUUUUCACAUGCUGUUUUCUUUGUCUUGCAUAUUGUGUUGCAUUCUGGGCAUCUCAUUUAGUCAGAGUUCUCCUGACGUCGCGACCUAAUUCUUACAAGGCUGCGGUCAGUAGUUUAGGCUCAGAAUUUGGCCAUUGCGCUCUUCCUGAGAAACUAUAGCCAUGAUUUUUGCUGGAACCACACAGAAACAAAGCUGUGCGCUCCCCCUACGGGUCUGAGGCAGCUAAUCAGCUUUCUCCCUUGUAUUUCCAUGGGUGCCAGCUAGAAAAGGACAAUCAGUAGGGGACAGAGGCUUGAAGCUAUGAAAGUAUUAAACAGUGGGAAAUAAAAGCAAAUUAAAGACAAAUUCCACACACGCACCCCACAACAGAGUUUUCCGUUCUUAAAAUCCAUUAUUUCAUGCAGUUGGUGCAAUUCAAGACAUCCUUUCCCUCUCACUUUCAAGGCAACUUAUCUGUCUCUCCCCCCAGCGCUGCCAAAAGCAAUUUAAAGGUUGAUUUGUUUGUUUGGCUGCGAAUUUCAUAAGACUACAUUAUUUUGAUCUACACCAGGUUUCUGAUGCCAGAUUGCAGGGAGAUUGGGGGAGGGAGAGAAAAGAUCUGCUGAAAAGCAGCUGUUAUACCUCAGACAUAUAAAUAAUCACUUGAGACAUUGCUCCAUAAGGUUAACUUUAUUUUUAAAUUAGCAACAUUUCUUCUCUCCGAAAGCAAAUUCAAAUGUUACGGGCCAGAUCCUGUGCUGGUGUUCAAUCAGCAUUGGAGUAUGUGGAGCUAGGUCAGUCUACAUUCUUAAGCUCUUUGGAGGCCUUCUCAUCUCCUAUGCUAAGGAAACCACUUGAUUCUGGCUUCAAACCUAGUUCUCUGUGUAUUUUCCAGGAAGGAAGGAUAAAUAAUUCUGCUGCUGGUUGGUGCAAUUCCAAGCCAUAAAGGCCAGCUUCUAGGAAGAGUCUUGUUAAUGGCUGAUUGUUGUUCAGAAAUACUUCCUAUGUUCAGGGAUGCCCUUACCCCUUCUGGUGUGUUGGAUAUAUAAACUGUGACUGCACUGUGUUUUACUCUUAUAAAAAUACCUUUUAUUCUAUUGGUUGAAUUUAUGUCUGCUUUUGUUGUUUACAUGAACUGACUGGAAACACUGAAAUGACCCUACGCAUGCAUGUCUUGUCUAGAGACUUGAUGUACUUUUAAGCUGUGUAUUUUUAUAAAGCCAAACUGAGUUUAAA